UCUGUCAUGGCGGAGUAAUCAGCUGUUAAUUGCAAUGCCAACGGGCAACGAGCCGUUCUAAAUUGUUUUAUUUUGUAACUUAUUACCAAUUACUUGUUAUAAUUUAAUUUCCUAAUUGCAGUAUAAUGUAUUCAAUCAUAUAAUCAUCGAAUCCUUAAAGUUGAAGAAUGGCGCGACGUCCCUUGUCAUCUGUCAAUUUUACUCAUUCAUCCAUUGUAGUGCAGAAAAAAAAUGUGACUUGUUUGAUUUAAUUUCUGUUUCACAUAAUAAGUGCUAGAUGAAGAUUAAUUACGGCCAUUUUUUGUUUCUUAAUAUUUUUAAGAACUACUCCUUUUGUAUACAUACGAUAACAAACAUUUUUAAUAGCACAUAACGCAGUCGUUUACACGGCCUAACAAGUUCUCUUUACAAAGAAGCCGUGCGGCGUCGGCGGUUUCUAUUAUUUUGUUUGACAUUGAAGUGGUAGUUGCAUUUAGAUGCUAUUCAUACUUCGAGAGUAGAUUAAAAAUCAAGUGAAUCGGAAGUGAAAAUGUCGGGUCGAGUAAGAAAACAAACUGACUGCCCUGUGGGCAAGCAGGGUCCCAUGAGAGCGACCUUGCCGGUGUCUUCGAUUAUGAAGCAAGGCGGCGGAUUUAAAAAGAAUGCUGGCAAUAGCCCCACUCUGUCACCCACAAAUGUUUGGCGGCGGAUUUCCCCCGAUCACGCUCUUUCCGGCCAAAGGAGUCCGGGUGCUGUCAACUACAAAGGUAAAGGCAGAUUUGGAUCCAGUGUAAUCAGACGCACAGCUUCAUUAGAUACAUUGUAUCAAAAAGGACAAUGGUCAAGAGAUUAUUACUUACAUGCUGGACAACUGCAAGUUGAUAAAUCCACUCAAACUGAUGAUGGUGGUGGUGUAUCUGGUCGAUCAUCAAGGGGUUCAGAUGAUGAUAAGCUGGACCGUUUCCUUAGGAGUCGUUUACAAAGACCUCACAAACCUUCUGGAUCUGGAGAUUACUCAUCCCAUUCUAUGAGCCCUGGGCUUUGGUCUCGAUUCGGCGGCGGUGGUGUUCCUCUGAGGGCGACACGGUCUUCUGUAGAAGGGCUGAAUCAAGAAAUCGAAAGACUUGUACUGUGUCCUGCUAGCGGCACCCAGACUCCACAUCUUGAUCGGCUAAGAGAUAAGGUAACACCUGAAGGUCACCGAGCACCACUAGCCGAACUCCUGCGACGCUCUGUUAACACACAAACUCCACACGAUCUUUGUCAUACCGCACAUUCUUCAGAUCCACCGUCCCGAGGGUCACUGUCGAGCGCCGGCUCUGCCGAGCUUCUAGCCACAGGUGGAAGUGUUUGUUCAUCACCUGAUCUUGAUGGAUCUAAGCUUGGUACAUCACCCCAGAUCAAUAGAUUCUUAGCGCGUGAACCACCAGAUGGUUGUGAAAAGGUGAACCUGAAAGCCGGCGAGGGCUCGUACACCGAGGCGCUGUCCGUGAUGAAGCCGUCGGCGCCGGGCUUCACACUGCGGCCGUCUCUCGGCUCGGCGUUCCAGCCGCUGCAGCCCGCGCAGCCGUCGCCGCCGCACACGCCGCACACGCCGCAAGUGCAGCACUCGCCGCACACGCCGCAAAUGCCGCACGCGCCUCACCCGCCUCAAUGACUCACCCCACGCCGCGCGUGGGGCUACCGCGCACUCUGUACUUUCGCCAGUCUUAUCUGCGGGUUCGGAUGUUUUGGGGGGCGUUAUGGACGCUAGAUGUGUUGUGUUUGGUACAUUCAGUGAUAGUGGGUAUGGAAGGCUACCUCGGUUGAGCUUUGAUUUAAUAUGUGAAUAUUUGUUAGUGACUUGACUAUUUGUUGCUGUGUGCUGUGUAUUGGAGGUUUAGUUUUAUGUUAAAUGAGAGUACAAUUUAAAAACAAUGGAUAAACAUUGACAUUAAUAAUUUAACCCGGGUGGUAAUUCAGGCAGACAUUUAAAGACUUUUUUAUAAGUUUCGUAAUAAAGGGGAGCCUUCUGUACCAUAUUAUUUUGUGUGUACCCACUCAUAUACAUUAUAUGCACCCCAACUGUAUCGUCUGCAAGCAUGACCUUGAUAAGCAAUCAAAUUGGUCAAUAAGAUUGGCGAUAAUUGUACACUCAUACUUCAGGUCAGUUCCCUUGAUAUUUCAGCCAACUAUCGAUCUCUGAAAGUAGUUAGGAUCCUUCAAGGCAGUUAUGUUUAGUUAUUGUUUUCUUUUUGUAAAAGUGAAUUCUUUAUGCUGAAUAAAAUGUGUAGUAAUAAAGUGUAGGUUGAGUAUGCACAUUAAUAUGACGAGAUUUUUCGUGUGUUUUCAGUCAGAUGUUGAAUGUGUGACAUAUUUGCUUUAUAUCAUAUUAAGUAUUGGUAAAACUGCCAUAAACAAGAAACUGUAAUAUGAAUUGAAUCAUAUUGAUGAAAUCGCAUUUUCAUGCUGUAAGACACAUAAUUCAUCAUUGUUUCAUUAUCAUGAAUCAUCACUCAAAUAAUAUGUACAUAUAAACACACUUAAAACAAUUAGAUUUAAAAAUAGUGCAAAGAAAUUGUAGAAAAUGCCUAUUUCCUUGUUUUAUAGCAAAAACGUUUCUUUGAUUUGAAGUGACAAUAACAUUUGCUAUAAAUCCACCAAGUAUUUUUCAUCAAACAAUAGUUAACAUUGAAAUAUUAUCAUAAUGUUAAAAGUUUGUGUCAAUUGAUAUUGGUCAUUGAGUGAGAUUAACAGCUUUUAAUGGUCAAUGCUGUUAUUUGGUCAUUAAAUGAGUAUUUUAAACAAGUAUAAUAUGAUAAAUAUAAAUUGAUAACAUUAUCAAAUAAAUAUAAGUUUCCCCAAAAUAUGUUCAGCAUGACUGGGUAUUCAAUUUGAUCUCAAUUCUUAUUGUACAUAAUUUUGUCUUUUUUCAAUAGUUAUUUCGAUUAUUUUUUUAUCAAGAGUAUCAUGCAUUUCAAUCUUAUUUUUUGUAUAUUUUUUUGUAUGAACUAGGACCAAACUUCAGAGAAGGCUAGGAGGUUGAGAUGACUGUAUGAUGGUUUUCUAAUGAAAAUAGCUUUAAAACUUGGAUUUGACAAGGAAAAGUGGUUAAGAUAGACUGAUUUUUUAAAUCUUUACUUAUACUUUGAUACAGGUAUCUUGACAAGUAAAAAGUUGUAUGAUAACUUAAGCAUGUGUUUAAAUACUGAAAUAGAGUAGUUGUAAAAUAUAGAAUAAUAACAGAUAUUAUGUCAUUCAAAUAUUCUUUUAUUGUUUACAAAGUUGCUUGUGUAUACCCAAGAACGAAAUUUUGAUACCAUUGCUGCUGCAGACACUAUAAGCUUUAUAAUGCAUCAGUUUUUCAUUAAUAUUAUGAUCCAUUUUUAUUCAAUAUGGCAUUAGGAGAUAAAAUUUAGCUAUACACAUACAUAAACAUUAGUUCUAAUGGUACCGUAAACAAAACUCGAGGAUAAUUGUUUGUCAAGAAUCUGUAUUGAGUAUAUUGGCUUAGACACGGUAUUUGCUUUUAUAUCAUUCGGAUAGGAAAGAAAGGACCACGCCAAUUGGAUCUCUCAUUUUGGCCAAAAGCAUUUUUAUCAUCGAGACUGAUAAUGUAGAAUGUUGAAAACAUAGUUAGAUCUGCUUUAUUAUUUUUUAAAGAUUUGUAAAGGUCGACGGCAAAUAUAUAUUUUGGAAGGCUCGCCUUUGGAAUAUAGAGUAAUGUUAAUCCUAUUAUUGCUCAAUCAAAAUUUUUAUUAAGAGCCACACUUAUGAUAUGUGCCGAAUUUGAAAAUGUAAACAUUGUGAUCGUAAAAUUCAAGUUGCUGAUAUGUAUGUAUAUAAUAAUAUUAAUUAACAUAUGUAUGUAUAACCUAUUAAUUAUUGUUUAAACAAAUGAAUGUGAUAUGUAAGUGAAUAUUGAGUGUACUUGGCAACUUCCGGUACUGAUGUGAGCUAGUGCCGAUGUGAACAGCUGAGCGGGAACUGGGCGUGGCACAAAGUGAACAGUAACCAUAAGUUGUGAAGUGUUAUCGAAGGUGCUGUGGAGUGAUUAUAGGUGUGUAAUGUACGUACUUGCUAUUACUGGCUUGUGACAGGUGUUUUAUAGUAAACGGUAAAUUG